GUGUGCGCGAGCUUGGCUGUGCUUCAGCACCGCGGAGAGAUCCCGCCACAGAGCAGAGGCUCCGCGGGACCCCAACGGCGGGAACGUGCGGCGAGCUCGCGCUCCGCUUCCCUUCGCCAAGUGUAGUGUCGUCCGCGCCUUUCUCGACUGAAACUCGCUGACGGCAAAAAUAAACCAGUGAGAAUAACGAGUGCACAGUGCGGGGAAGGUGCGCAGACCCGGCGGAGCAAGUUGAACAGAUUGUGAGAAUCAAGAAAGAAAUCAUGAAACAUACGUCACAACAGCUGAAGAUGAGAAAAUUGAACAUCUAAGACCAAUUCUGUAACACCUAAACCAAAAACAAAGCACAGCAAAGUAAAACAGAAGACAGUAGACCUCAUUUCCACAAUGGACAGCACAUCUUUGAGGUUUUGGUUCAGAUUUAGAAUGGGGAUGAGCCUUUGGUGGUCAAUGUACUACCUACUUACUUUGGUCAUCCUUGUACCUGAAGCCCUGCCCACAUCCAGUUACACCAUGGGUGGCAAGCGGGAGAUCAACAUUGAUGGGGACCUGGUGAUUGGGGGCCUUUUUCCAGUGCAUGAGAAGGGGGAGGGCAUGGAGGACUGUGGCAAGAUCAAUGAGGAGCGUGGCAUCCAGCGGCUUGAGGCCAUGUUGCUGGCACUGGACGAGAUCAACCAAGAUGAACGCACCUUGCCUGGUCUCAAGCUGGGCGCACACAUCCUGGACACAUGUUCCAAGGACACAUAUGCGCUGGAGCAGUCCCUGGACUUUGUUCGUGCCUCCCUCACCAAGGUGGAUGAAACCGAGUACAUCUGCCCCGACGGGUCAUAUGCCAUCCAUGACGACUUCCCAGUGGCCAUCUCUGGCGUCAUCGGGGGUUCAUACAGUGAUGUCUCCAUCCAGGUGGCCAACUUGCUUCGACUUUUCCAGAUCCCUCAAAUCAGCUACGCCUCCACCAGUGCCAAACUGAGUGAUAAGUCACGCUAUGAUUAUUUUGCUCGCACUGUGCCGCCAGACUUCUACCAGGCCAAGGCCAUGGCUGAGAUCCUACGUUAUUUCAACUGGACCUACGUGUCCACAGUGGCCUCAGAAGGAGAUUACGGUGAGACAGGCAUCGAUGCCUUCCAACAGGAGGCCCGUGCCCGGCAGAUCUGCAUAGCAACUUCUGCCAAGGUGAGCCGCUCUAUGAGUCGCUGGAGCUACGAGGGCGUCAUCCGUUCACUGCAGCAGAAGUCCAAUGCCAAAGUGGUCAUCCUGUUCACGCGCAGUGAGGAUGCACGUGAGCUGCUGGUGGCUGCUGCCCGCAUGAACGUUAGCUUCAUCUGGGUGGCCAGUGAUGGCUGGGGUGCCCAGGAGAGUGUAGUGAGGGGUAGUGAGCGUGUGGCCAAUGGGGCGUUCACCAUUGAGCUGGCCUCCUACGCCGUACGGGAGUUUGCAGACUACUUCACCAAGCUGCACCCGUACAACAACACACGCAAUCCCUGGUUCCGGGAAUUCUGGGAGCACCAUUUCCAGUGCAGCCUCCAUGAGCUGGGCUGCAGCCAGCAUUCGUUGCGUGACAGCAACUUUGAGGUGGAGUCCAAGAUCAUGUUUGUGCUCAACGCCGUGUAUGCCAUGGCCCAUGCCCUACACAACAUGAGGCAGGCCGUGUGUCCCAACUCCACCAAGCUCUGUGAUGCCAUGAAGCCAGGCAAUGGGAAGAGGUUCUACAGGGAUUUCAUACUGAAAACAAAGUUCGAUGCCCCCUUCCGGCCAGCGGACACAGAGAAUAUUGUCCGUUUUGAUGCAUAUGGGGACAGCCUUGGCCGCUACAACAUUUUUCAUUACCACCAGGAAGAUGGUAAAUACGUGUACAGGAAAGUUGGGUACUGGGCUCAAGGCCUGUCACUGAACAUGUCGCUCAUCCCCUGGCCCAACCAGCUGAUUCCCACAUCUCAGUGCAGCGACCCCUGCAGGAAGAAUGAAGUGAAAAGUAUGCAGCCUGGGGACGUGUGCUGUUGGAUCUGCAUCCCCUGCCAGCCCUACCAGUACCUACUGGAUGAGUUUACGUGUAUGGACUGCAGUUUUGGCCAGUGGCCCCUGGAUAACCUAACAGGGUGCUUCGACCUGCCAGAGGAGUACAUCCACUGGGAGGAUGCUUGGGCCAUUGGGCCUGUCACCAUUGCCUGUCUGGGCAUGCUCUGCACGCUUUUUGUCAUUGGUCUCUUUGUGAAGCACAAUGAUACACCAGUGGUGAAGGCCAGUGGGCGAGAGCUCUCCUACAUCUUGCUUCUGGGCGUGCUUAUGUGCUACAGCAUGACCUUUGUGUACAUCACCAAGCCUUCAGCUGCUGUGUGCACGCUGAGGAGACUAGGCCUGGGCACUUCAUUUGCCGUGUGCUACUCUGCGCUGCUGACCAAGACCAACCGCAUUGCACGAAUCUUCAACGGCGUGAAGGAUGGCGCUCAGCGGCCUCGCUUCAUCAGCCCUACGUCACAGGUGGCUAUCUGCAUGGCGCUCAUCUCUUGCCAGCUGGUGGUUGUGGUGGUCUGGUUGCUUGUGGAGGCACCCGGUGUACGCAAAGAGGUGAGCCCUGAACGAAGGGACGUGGUCACUCUCAAGUGCAACAGCAAGGACUCCAGCAUGCUAGUGUCCCUCACCUACAACUGCGUGCUCAUCGUACUCUGCACCGUCUACGCCUUCAAGACCAGAAAAUGCCCCGAGAACUUCAACGAGGCCAAGUUCAUCGGCUUUACCAUGUACACCACGUGCAUCAUCUGGCUCGCCUUCCAGCCCAUAUUCUAUGUCACUGCUAGUGACUACAGGGUGCAGACAACCACCAUGUGCAUCUCGGUUAGCCUGAGCGGCUCUGUGGUGCUGGGCUGUCUCUUUGCUCCCAAAAUCCACAUCAUCCUGUUCCAGCCACAGAAGAAUGUGACCACGCUCAGGGUCACCACCACCCGCUUUAGUGCAACUGGCACUGGACAUGGGUCCAGCUACUCGCAUGCUUCAGCCUCCAAUUACGUACCGACAGUGUGCAACGGCCGAGAGGUGGUAGACUCCAAGACGUCCUCCCUGUGAAGACCUAAAGAACAUGUCCCAUGGCCAAGCCUACACAACGUAGAGCUACGCGUCCAGAGGUUUCUUAGUGUCUGUACUGUAACUUGGUCCUAAGUGAAAUCGGUACAAAAUUUGCACCCUGGAAAGGAGAAGGUUGGACGCUCAAUUAUAUGACAUUAUCACCCAACUGACUUUCAAUUUAAAACAAAUUUUGUCCCGUAUCAAAGGUCUCUGAACAAGGACCAGGUAGGUAGGUGUGUAUGAAGGUCUUUCAGGAAUGCUGCUAACAUGCACAGCACUUAGGCAACAAAUAUUUCAGUGAACACCUACAUAAACACCAACCCACCAGAACCCAGCUUGCAGUAUAGGGUUCCUGUCUCAUAUUUAACAUUUUAUGACCUCUGGCUCUCUGGUGCUCCCAUUUGCUCAUGUGGGGAGCACCGUUGUUCAUUCAUUUAGUAGGCUGUGAGAAACCUCACUGUUGAGAAAGAUUGCAAAUAUGGGAACGGGACCCCAUGCUUGCUCCCAUCUUUGUGUCCUGCGAGUACUGUGUCCCAGUUAUGUUUAUUUCCAUGCUCUAGUAUUAUAACAGUCAAAAUCAUAAGUAGAGAAGACAUGCCAUUCAGUAUUCCCCUGCAUUUUGACAAAAACUAACAUUUUAUUUGAA